AUGGCGACCAACAACGGUUCGGCGGAAGAGCGCAACACGCCCUCUCCAUCUUCUCGUCCGGGCAAUAGCCUCCAGGCAGCUGCCACAAUGAAUGCUGGGCUCCAGCAGGAGAACUCUAGAGGAUCAUUAAAUGGUUCCCUUUCGAGGAACAGCCUUCAUUCGCCACAUGGUCGGCGUCGACGCUCGUCCAUACUCAUGAACCUGCAACUGAACGACCCCAGCCUCCCAGCGCCUGGUGAGAUGGUGGCGGAUCAGAAUGGAUCCAGCCUCCAUAUGCCUCCGUCUCCACGAUCGCCAAUCAUGAUUGGCCGGGAUCCGUUGAACCGUCACGGUCGACAGCCAAGCUUGGGCGAGAUACAUCAGGAGUUUGAGGCCGAGACCGAGGCUCAUGUGAACCGACUUCUACAAGUUAUACGCGACCAGCAAAUUCAGCUCCAACAAGCACAGGCUCAGGGACAUCUGCCCCAUGUGGCCACCGGCGAUGAUGUCGCCGUCCAAUCUGGACCGCCGUCCUCCUCGCUGCCGUCGGCCACACAAGCCUCAAGCAUGCUCCCGCGCUCACCUGUACAGGCUCAGCACCGGGGUUCCUUUGAUUUCACGCGUGGGGACAUUUCGCAGAGAACCCCAAGCUAUAGUGCUUCUCCCAGGCUCCGCUCCACUUCCAUCAGUGGCGACAGUGAACACAUGGCCCUGGGUGGACGUGACGAGAGUGCGUUCUAUCAGGCUGAGACUCAGAUGCUCACCAGAGAGAAUCAGAUGCUGCGUCAUCGAAUUCGUGAUCUCGAGCGACAACUCAGCGAGCUGGGCAGCAGCCCUGGUGCCGCUGCCGUACCCCAUGAACCAUUUCAGCACUCCCACCUCACCCAUUCCACCUCGGCAGCUGAGGAGGACUCUGCGAAUGCUAGCCGAUCACUUGCUGGCGUGGCUGCGACCCCACCUUUGGUAGCUGAUGGUACUGGCAAGUGA